AUGCCAUAUCUCUCCACUCGUAUUCCGGAUGCCCGGCGUAACGUAGCCGGCGACUUCCCAAGUGAGCACAGUAAGAGGAGCCAAAUCAAACUUGAGCCGCUGGAGCAACGUCGAUUUAGAAGCACUGAAUCUCGUCCAAUCUCGACUAGCAACUAUUUGACUGAAAGUGUUGAGCGUCAUCGUGACAUGGAAGCUUCUCGUCUAAAGGAGUACUUGAGAGCAAAAGAGGGAGAUGCCAAUCAGCCAUGGAACAAGCCAGGAUGGCCAGGACCAAAGAAAGGGCCGAACGAUGAAAGUCUUCGUGAACUUGAAACUAUCAAGCAGAGAGUCGAGACACUGAAAAGACAACCACAAGCAUCCCCAAUAUCUCCUGGAGACUCUGGAUGGCUUAUAAAAAUGCGCAAGAAUCGCUAUCUCGACCACACAUCCAAACUGAACGAACCCAAAAAGUAUCGUUCGAUGGAUCAACUUCCCACAGGAAAGGUUGGUGUCGCUCCUGACGACAACGAAAAGUCGGAAGGAUCGGAUCCGUUGCACUGGCAACUGCGGAAGGAGUUUCAUCUGGCUAAGUAUUCGGUUAGUUUUGGAAUCGGGAUUUGCUUGGAAAUUGGGGAAUACGUGGAUAAGGUCUACAUCAAUAAGUAA